CCACCCGUAUAUGUCCGGGUCGAACUCGACGAACCCGCUGGACUCUUUCCAUCGUUCCAAAUUCCCCACCGAUAUCCGCAUCGCCGGUUACUUCGCCGGCACUCAAAAGCCCAUCGAAGAUGUCUUCUUUGUCAACGCUCCUCCUCCUCCUCCCUUAUAAAUCCCCUGCGAUUCCUCCCUCUCGCUUCUUCCUACCCCCGUCGACUCUCCAGAAACCCCCAAUCCUCCCUAAUCUCCAUCGCAAGCCUCGGCUCUCCCGACAGGUGACGCCGCCGCACGCGAUGUCGGCGCAAGGAGCUCUCUCGGAGGCCCUGGCCCUGAUCCAGUCGGCCCCUCCCACGUGGAAGUCCGCCGUCUUCAGCAACCUCCUGAUCUUCGUCGCCGGCUCUCCCAUUCUAGUCGCCGGCCUCUCCGCGUCCGGCAUCGGGGCGGCUUUCCUCCUGGGGACUCUCACCUGGCGUGCCUUCGGUCCCUCGGGGUUUCUCCUUGUCGCCGCCUACUUCGUCAUCGGAACAGGAGCGACGAAGGUAAAAAUGGCACAGAAGGAAGCUCAAGGGGUUGCUGAGAAGAGGAAAGGAAGAAGAGGGCCUGGAAGUGUGAUUGGUUCCAGUGCGGCUGGUUGCGUCUGUGCUUUCCUUUCUAUAUUUGGCAUAGGAGGAGGGGCAUUCUCGCAUCUAUGGUUACUCGGGUUUAUUGCUAGUUUCUGUACUAAGUUAAGCGAUACAGUUUCAAGUGAGAUCGGCAAGGCUUAUGGAAAAACAACGUACUUAGUGACCACCUUUAAGGUUGUUCCUCGUGGAACUGAAGGUGCUGUAAGUCUUGAGGGAACAAUUGCAGGAAUUCUGGCAUCAGUUCUUCUGGCCUCAGUCAGUUUUCUCCUGGGGCAGAUAAAUGCACCAGAAGCCAUCAUAUGUGUCGCAGCUUCACAGAUUGCUAAUCUUGGCGAGAGUAUAAUUGGGGCCGCCUUUCAAGAGAAGGAAGGAUUUCGUUGGCUCAACAACGAUGCUGUCAAUAUCAUUAAUAUCUCCAUGGGUAGCAUAUUGGCCGUUCUGAUGCAGCAAGCCAUUGUUCCAAAUUUGUGACGGCAUAAUUGCCAACAGUUCGAGCUCUCUAACAUUGAUAAAAUCAGGCCAAUCUACACCUACAGAAGGGUGAACGAAGAGAGAGAGAGAGAGAGAGAGAGAGAGAGAGAGAGAUCCUUAUGCUGGAAGCGGGGAUACCAGAUUUGAACAUGGUUACACCACUGUAGACGGGGACGUUUUAGAUCCGUUCAAAUUCAGCGGCAGCAUUCAAUUAAA